GCCGGCUUUAUUGUGUCGACGCAUAGUAAACCGUGUUCAAAUGCUGCGCUCUUCAGCGUGCCCUCAGCCCGUAAUGCUUUUAGUUUAUCAAUAUAUCACAAACACUGCACAAUGCUGCUGCUUACCGCCACGAUAUCGGCAACAACACAUCUUCACUUCCACAAUAACGACAGCUACACAUCUUCACUACUACAAUAAUAAUAACAACCGUCCGCAUUUCUUCCUGUCAGCGCCUGCACCUACUGCACAUUCAUGCAGGCCGCACUGCCUGGCAACGCAGACUUCCCCACCGCGCGUCGCAAACGGUAGCGUUGCCACCCACUACUCCCCCCACUUUUCUUCUGAAGCCGCCGACGCGCCGAUCGACGCGUCGCUCGGCAAAAUAUGAGCUCGGUGAACCGGGACAGGAAAGACGGGGACCAUUGCGCCCAAUCGGGAGGUCUCCCGCGCGCCCUCCCGUUUUUCCUAUUUGGGGUUGUCGAGGACGCUCCGCCGUUGCGUUCCAGACCGGCCCUUGUC